AUGAAGAAUCUUGUGCUGUUGAUGAUGCUGAUGGGCUGGAUGUGCCACUGGAGUUGUGCCCGUAGUUGGGCGUCAGUGGAGGAAACAUUUAAAAAUCCUUAUCCCCACAGGAACAGAACACUGGAUCCGUACAACUAUGAAUUCAAGCAUCUGCCCAGAAUGACGAUGAUUGACAGCCAGGACGAAGGGUUUAUCUACCCCGAGGACUUUGUCUUUCACCAUCACCUGAAGAAUCCGAUAACGAAGCACGGGAUCAGACACAGCGAGAGAUUGUUUCGAUCGAUCGAGAUGAACUCACGGGCUAGUCAGAUUGUCUGGCCAGUCAAGAAGGAAGCGGUGGUCGAGGGUGGACUGGUACUGGGUGGUCUGAUGAUGGUGCACGAGCGCAAGGACAAUGUCACGUGUGGUCCGGUGAUGCCACAGGGGGGUGUUCAAGCACUCGAGGCCAUGCUCUAUACCCUCGAUUGGGUGAACAAACGGGAGAUCAUUCCUGGAGUGAAAAUCGGUGCACAUAUCCUUGAUGACUGUGAUAAGGACACUUAUGGAUUGGAGAUGGCCGUGGACUUCAUAAAAGGGUCCAUUAGCAAUAUCGAUGGGGCGGAAUAUCACUGCAAUAAAACGGCUGUACGAAAGGUCAUCAGCGGAGUGGUUGGAGCUGCUAGCUCUGUUACGUCGAUCCAGGUGGCUAACCUAUUGCGUCUCUUCAGAAUACCACAGGUGUCAUUCUUCUCAACGAGUCCUGAACUCUCCAAUAAACAACGUUUCGAGUACUUCACGAGAACAAUUCCCAGUGAUCACUAUCAAGUUAAAGCGAUGGUCGAUAUCGUCAGGAAAAUGGGCUGGAGUUAUAUUUCGAUAAUAUAUGAGGAGAGCAAUUACGGUAUAAAAGCUUACGAGGAACUUGAGGAGCUCCUAUCAAAAUAUCAAAUAUGCAUUGCCAUCAAAGAGAAGCUUGUGAAGGAUUCCGGGGUUGCCGAUGAAACGGCAUACGACAGUAUCGUGCAGAAGCUACUAACGAAGCCCAGGGCCCGAGGAUGCAUUAUAUUCGGAUCCGAUCAGGAGGUAGCUGGCGUAAUGAGAGCAGUCAGGCGGUGCAACGCAACUGGUGCAUUUUCCUGGAUUGGUAGUGAUGGCUGGAGUGCAAGGGGACUAGUCAGCAAUAAUAAUGAGCCCGAAGUCGAGGGCACAUUGUCUGUUCAACCGCAGGCAAAUCCUGUCGAGGGUUUCGAGGACUAUUUCCUCAGUCUAACUGUGGAAAAUAAUCGGAGGAAUCCCUGGUUCGUGGAGUUUUGGGAGGAUCACUUUGAAUGUCGGUAUCCAAACUCCUCGGACACACCCUAUAAUCAGAGACACAAGAAGAACUGUACAAUUCAGGAACGGCUGACAAAGCAGAAUACCGCCUUUGAGGAUCAACUGCAGUUCGUAUCAGACGCUGUUAUGGCAUUUGCUUAUGCAUUCCGAGAUAUGCACGCUGACCUGUGCCGGGGGGAGUUUGGCCUUUGCGACGCUAUGAAACCCACAAAGGGCACAGAGUUAUUGAAGUACCUCAGGAAAGUCGAAUUUGAGGGUCUGACUGGUGACAAAUUUCACUUCGAUAAAAACGGGGAUGGCCCCGCCAGGUACAAUAUCAUUCAUUUCAAGCAAGUUUCACCAGGAGUGUACAAGUGGAUACGAGUGGGACAGUAUCUGGAGGGAGAAUUGAGUCUCAACAUGUCAGAUAUCCAAUUUGGCCUUGGUAAUCCUCAACCACCGGAAAGCGUCUGUUCAUUACCCUGUCGAGUCGGCCAAGCAAAAAAAUAUGUCGAGGGCGAGAGCUGCUGUUGGCACUGCCUCGAUUGCACCCAGUACCAGAUCAGACAUGCGGAAGAUCAAACGAGGUGUGUGCAGUGUCCCCAGGGGACCGUUCCUGAUGAAACACAUUCCCAUUGCAGGGAUAUUCCCGAGGAAUUUCUCAAGCCCGAUAGCGGAUGGGCUAUUGGCGCCAUGUCGUUUUCCGCCAGUGGAAUACUCGUAACACUAUUCGUUGGUGGUGUAUUCUUCAAGAACAACGACACCCCCAUAGUCCGUGCAUCCGGUCGUGAAUUAUCCUACAUUCUCCUGACCGGAAUUCUCCUCUGUUACUUGGUCACAUUCACCCUAGUGUUAAAACCAACCGACAUUGUAUGCGGUAUCCAGAGAUUCGCUGCGGGGUUCUGUUUCACAGUGGUGUACGCAGCCCUUCUCACCAAAACUAAUAGAAUAGCUCGUAUAUUCAAAGCUAGUAAGAAGAGCGCCAAGAGGCCGUCGUUCAUAUCACCGAGAUCUCAACUCAUCAUCUGCUCGAUGCUUGUUGGGGUUCAGAUUCUUAUCAAUGCUGUGUGGAUGGUCAUUGACCCAGCUAAAGCGAGGCAUCAUUACCCCACACGAGAAGACAAUCUUCUCGUCUGCAAUAGCUAUAUCGAUGCCAGCUACAUGAUAGCCUUCACCUAUCCGAUCAUAUUGAUCGUCGUCUGCACGGUCUACGCGGUGUUGACGAGAAAAAUACCCGAGGAUUUUAAUGAGAGUAAACAUAUCGGUUUCACAAUGUACACAACAUGUGUAAUUUGGCUGGCAUUUGUGCCACUUUACUUCGGCACUGGUAAUCAUGUUGCCCUGAGAAUCACCUCAAUGUCUGUAACAAUCAGCCUCUCAGCAUCAGUGACUAUAGCAUGCCUAUUCAGUCCUAAGUUGUACAUAAUCCUCAUUCAUCCUGAGAGGAAUAUUCGGCGUGGCAUGGGACCUUUCAGGGGCACAACACCGAAACCUACUAAUUCCACUGGCCGGAAUAAUACAUCUAUGAUGGCAACUGUUACACUCACUGCUGUUACGUGUGAUCAGAAUAAGGCGGUUAAUAAACUCGUUGUUACCACGAAUGAUUGUUCUACACAGAGUGAACAAUUCGAAAUGGAGGCAAUGGAGAGAAAGAAUGGCAAGCCCUCACCGACAUUAGUGAGCCGCUCGACUCAGACCCUCUUAAAUAACAACGGCAAGGAAAUAGACAUAGUUAUGUCGCCAGUUAUCAAAGGUCUGAAUAUCGAUGAGGCCCUCGAUUCAGUAAAAUCGAUGAACAAUACCAAGAUUGGUAACGGCCCAUUCAAUAAAAAUGAAUUACCAGUAUAGCAGAAUAAUAAGAGAGUCCAGACGCUGGUUUUACAAGCUGAUCUGAAGCCUAUUUCCAAGCGGCCGGUAAUUGUAUAAAAAUAUCUCCUUAUUUCCAUUAUUCACGCAAUUUUCUAUUGUUGGAGUCAUGAUAUAUCAAAAAAUGGACCAUAAUACUCAAACGAAAUAAUCACAAGAUAUUUUUUCAAUUGAAAUUCAAAUGGAAAAAUUGCGUAUUUUUUUUCUAUGAAAAAUUAUCAAUUACAAAUGAUCUUCCUUUUCCAAUAACACUAGAUCUUGAAUUGAAAUUAUUCCUCAGGCCUAAUGAGAGGAUAGGAACAAUGAAUUUACAGAUAGAGGACGAUUUUUUUUUUGCGAAAGUUGAAGAAAUUUCAAGUGUUCCAUAUGCAAAUACGAAUAAACCGAGAUAAAAAAUGAAUCAACGGUUCAUUCUGCACUGUGAUGAUAAAAUUACGUAAUGUAUUAAUAGUCAAAUGAGUUAAAACGUAAGAUAAAUUUACCUAAUUAAUGAUAAAUGAAGAAUAGCUAUUUAAAUUAAGAGGAAAUAAAAAAUUUUCUACUGUCUCUUCAUCACUGUGAGCGUUUGGACUCAUGGAAAAUUGCUGUUAAAAUACUUAUAAAUAUGUAAAUUGAGUAUUACGGGGUUUAGGAGAUAUUUAUGCAUUGAUCAAUUCAUAUUGAGUCGAUGAGAUAAGAGAUUAUGCCAAAUUUUGUUAGGAAAAAAUCGUGUUGUCGUAUUGUACAGAACGAUGAACUCGUAAUUGAUCUGUAAAUAGCAGUUAUAGAUAGGGAAAUCAAUUGUAAAUAUUUCAACGAUUAAUAGAGGAAUAAUUGUAUCGAUUAUUAAUUAAGACGUCGUAUUAUCUGUACAUAAAAUUUAUCUGUUAAGAACAAAAAUAGGUGAGAGAAUGUGCAAAUGGGUUAAAUGUAAGGUGUAAAUUUAUGUCCAGUCAUCAACGAAUUAUUGAAUUAUAAAUUCAAAUUGAAUGUACAAUUUAAAAAAAAAAAUCUACAGACUAUUGGAAUUGAAUUCAGUGUACGUAGAGAAUUUUAUUUAGGUUUAUCAAUGCGUCCGAUGUAUCUUUAUCCGAAUUAUCACAACAUCGUCCAACGCAGAUUUUGUAAUUAUGGAGGGAGCAAUGUGUCUUGUAAUGUCUCGUGUAUGAAAUUCAAGGAAUUAUAUUUCUGGUUGAAUGUUGCUCAAUUGUGAUGGUUAGACUCAAUACUUUGAUGAUUUUUUUUUUUGGAAUUCUUGUUUUAGGGAGAGGGAAUAGUUUUUUUAGUAGAGAAGUGAUGAAAGGAGAUGGGUCGAACAUUUUCGGAGAAUUUUACAAGUAUCUCAGGAGAGAAGUUUUGGGAACUUUGUCAGGGGAUAUUUUCAUGGGAAAUUUCAUGAGUGAAAAUGAGUUAUUCAAUUUUUUUUCGUUCAAACCAGUCAUUAUCAAAAUGCUUCCAUAAUUUAUAACUUUAUUUCACUGAAAUUUGUUCCUGAACCCGAAAGGUGAUGAGAUGUUUCUGAAACAAUCUGAAUAAUCACUUGCAGACUUGUCUUUUAUUCAUCACUAGAGAUUUUAAUUUCCAUUCGAGGGAAAAUUCAUAGCUAAACGAAACAUCCUGAGCCCUUUGUUCUCGAUUAGCCAUGAAUUUGAUGCAAGUUUAGUGGUUAAUUAUUCUUUGUAAUUAUUAUUUUAAGGAGAGGAAAUAGUGUUUAUUGAGUAGAGAAGUGAUGAAAGGAGACGAGUCGUAUAUUUUCGGAGAAUUUUACAAAUAUCUCUGUAGGGAAGUUUUGGGAAAUUUGUGACUGAAUAUUUUCAUGGGAAAUUUCAUGAGUGAAGAAAAGUUAUUCUAUUUUUUCGUUCAAGCCAGUCAUUACCGAAAUGACUCAAUAAUGAAUAACUAUGAAUUAUUUCAAUUCGAAUAUGAGAAGAGGAAUCUUGUUAAUUUUUUGAUUAUUUCGCGAACGAGUGGAUUAAAAAGAAAUGUUGAUGCAUUUUUUUUGCAUCUUGGGAAAUCCCCUAUAAAAAUGUUUCACCGAUUUGUUUUCUGAAUCAUAAAGGUACUGAGAUAUUUCUGAAACAAUUUGAAAAAUCACUUGCAGACUUGUCUUUCAUUCAUCACUAGAGAUUUUCAUUUCCAUUCGAGGGAAAAUUCAUAGCUAAACGAAACAUUCUGAGCCCCUUGUUCUCGAUUAGCCAUGAAUUCGAUGAAAACCUCGAAGACCAGGAGGGAAAAAAUAUUUUGAUUUCUGUGAUGUAAAACUAUCGCAAUCUAGUCAUUACAACAAUUAAAAUCGCCUGAAUUUGUCGAGAUAAUUAUAAAUAUUAAGAAUGUGCUACAUGUAGUCUUAAUUGAAUUACCAAGAAUAAUGUAAAUACGUUGAUAUCAGCUUUGUGAGCUUUGAAAUGUGGAAUAGGUUUAAUUAAAUACUUAAGUGGAUCCUCAUCCAUUUUUUAAUGAAUAAAGAUCGAGACAUAUUGAACUAAUAAACAUUAAACAAUGGAGAUUAUAAAUUGAAGGAAUAAAAAUAAUUAAAUACGUUGAUUUGUGAUGCUGAGCAAUGUCGAGAAACUUGAAUUAACAGAAAAAAAAAUAUGACGGUAUUAUUUUAAAUACGUAAAGGAUAAACGUUGGAGGUUUAAGAUGAGUUUAAAGUGUAUGAGGUGAAUAUGAAAGUUACGAAAUAAAUGCCCACGAGACUCUUACGUAAAUAA